UGUAAUCUGCACCGCCGAGGAAAAUGGGAACUGCGUCGUAAACAAAAGGCCGAAUGAACUUUUCCGUCACGUAGUCUGGACACCAGGAAUUCUCGAAUGCCAAAUAGAAUUUGUAUUCCGCACGCAACAUAUCGUCGCAGUGGGCAGCCAAAUCCGAUUGACUUUUCACGAGUUCUGAUCCUGGAAUAUUUUCGAUGACGUUGACGUAGCCAGUGGUGUUGGGAAUUCUUGGCAAUUAGAGAUCCGUAAUAAUCACGGAGGAAGACAUCUGAAUCUCGUCGUGUCGUUAUUGAGACCGGACCAAUAUCCCAGUUAACAGAUUUUCCAAAUAUGAUCUUGCUUAAAUUAUUCUCAGUGGAAGGUAUAGCCCGUUGUUGCUGGAAUGAAAUCACGAUUAAACUGAAAUGAAUAGGUAGUUGCUGGAUGGGCUUGUCUACUUGGCGUUGCUAUAGGAACGCUGAGGCCACUUGGAUUUCUACCACAGCUAGACCCACGUUUUUACACCGAGAUCAGAAGUGCACGAGAAUACAAAACGUGGCUGUUAGUGGUCUAGUGAAUGACGAUACCACAUGCUGAAAAAAGACAAAGAAGUCGGGGUGUGUGUGUUAGCUUCGUAGCCAUUAAUGUUGGAAGAAUUAAUCCACAUAACGGAGAAAGCAAAUAAACCCAGAGAGCACAGCUAACACGAAUGCGUAGCUGUUAAACGGGAAGAAUCUACUGGUCCUCCAGUACAAAACGAGGCAAGUUUCACUAGCCAAUGGGUUAACAAUUUCCAUAACGACAAUGUCCAAUGGCACACGAAACGCCCCGUGAAAUGGCCCGCCUUUGCUGAUGAGAUUGUGAACUGUGGCAGUCGUUCUUUGUGUUUGGAUGCAACUUGAAGCUGAACGGCAAAAAGAUUUGGAUCUUCGGCUAACAAUAGACGAAGGGAAAUUAAAGUUUUACAUGGAAUUCGUUUUGGAUCGAUGCCUAAAUCAACGUGUCUUGUUUAAAAGGCGAAGAAAACUUUUUCUACUUUUCCAAUCAGGAUUAACUCUACUUCUUUUUGUGUAUUUCAGCCAACAACUACCCCAACCCAAUACGUUGCAGCAAUACGAAGAAGAGCAUCAAGUUCUGUGCAUCAACAGCGAUUUAGCUGUAGACUUACCGGAAGCUGAUGGUCUUGUCAUGGAAUACGAUGUCCAUCCGAGCCAAUGGGUAACGUACGACAGUGGACAAGGAAACGACACCGAUGACCGCAUCUUUUUCCAUGAAACGAGCGGUCACAGUGACCUGAGUCUGAGGCAAUGCUGUGCAGUCGAAUCGGCAGCUAGACACAAUCCUGACCGGCCUAUCCAGCUGUUUAUGCGAUCGCCUGCAACCUGCAAUUCCGACAAUAGUCCAUCUUCUUUAGACAUUCCGUCGUGGCUAAAGGUGCUGUCUCGAUAUCCGAACGUGGCAGUUGUCUUGCUGAACGAAGAGCGUUACUUUUCUGGAACACCGUUGGAGGACUGGUACUCGAAGGGAGUGUGGCGUACGAGCCGGUUCCAGAUGGGACAUUUGUCCGACUACAUCCGCAUCGUGUCUCUGUACAAAGGAGGUGGCAUGUAUUUAGACAUGGAUAUUCUAACCCUUAGAGCUUUCAAAGGUGCCAUCUUUCGGAACUGUUUAGUCUACGAAAAUGAUGCCAUGGAUACGAUCGGAAACAGCGUCCUGCACUUGGAACGUGGGCACAGUCUCACUAGUGAACUGAUUCAAUUGCUCUCAGAAGAAUAUGACCCAGAAGCUUAUGUUUAUCACGGGCCGGAUGCCAUUGCUGAAAUUAUGAAUCGUGUCUGCAAUUUAGUGGCUGGAAAUCCGAAAUCCAACGAAUGCAAUAACGUCCGUCUCUUGUCUCAUCGCCAUUUUCAUCCAGUGCCGGCCAUGUUUUCCCACAUGCUGUUUCAGAGUAAUGGCAACCUUAGUGAUGUUGAAGCGCUGUUUCAAAUUAAGGACAGCUUUGGUCUUCACCUAUGGAACUCGAUAUCUUUACGAGAACCAAUUAACGUGGACAAUCCGAAUCAAAUAGUGGCCAUACUUGCCCGUCGACACUGCCCACUAACUGUCAGUAGGGCAGCUGAUUUCAAAUCUCUUUAAGUUUACAUAAUGUUUAAUGCCGUUUAUAAUUGUUGCUGGAUACAUUUACGAGUUUAUUCAAAUAAUAUGACUAAAAUGUCUAUUUUUUUACGUUUAUGCGUAAGAAAAUGCAUUCCUGAGACUUCAUUUCAAUUAAUACACUUGCGUUUGGCCCAGCAGUGCUGGUCAAGGUGGUGAGUUGGCAACAGGCAGUAUUUCUGAAACAAGAGAUUUUUAAAGUAAAUGAAUACUUCAUUACGCGUUUUGAUAAUUUGAAUGGGAACGCGUUACAUGUUCAAAUAUUGUAAUUUGAUUUCAUUUAAUCAUUUGGUUGUAUCUUGUAUGGUCAUGUAAGGUUAAAAAGCUA